GUCAAGAGGCCUCAGUCGUACAUUCCACUGGUUCUUCCGUACACUCACUACCUUCCUCUUACUCAGUACUCUUCCGCCUCGUUUCGCAAAAAUACAACCAUGGAUUACCAGAAUCGCGUUGGUUCGAAGUUUGGUGGUGGAGGUGUCGCUGGGGCUUCAGAAACCAAUGUCGACAGGCGAGAGCGGUUGAGGAAACUUGCUUUGGAGACUAUUGACCUUGCUAAGGAUCCGUAUAUCCUGCGCAACCACCUUGGCUCGCUUGAAUGUCGUCUCUGUCUUACACUUCACACAAAUGAAGGGUCUUAUCUUGCACACACUCAAGGAAAGAAGCAUCAAACCAAUCUUGCUAGACGUGCAGCGCGCGACCUUAAAGAGACACAGUUGAUGAUUGCACCUGCACAAAGCAAUAUACAGCGAAAAGUCUUCUUGAAGAUCGGUAGACCAGGAUACCGAGUGACUAAGGUGAGGGAUCGAGACACAGGAAAGGAGGGCAUGAUGGUACAAGUCCAUCUUCCUCAAAUCAAGCCUGGAGUUAUCCCUCGGAGACGAUUCAUGAGCGCUUGGGAGCAGAAGCGAGAACCUCCCAACAAGGCAUACCAAUAUCUCAUUGUUGCUGCUGAACCAUAUGAGACCAUCGCCUUCCGAAUUCCUGCUCGUGAGAUCGAGGAUGAAUCCGAUGAUGCCGGGUACUGGAAUUGGUCACAUUGGGAUCCCGAUACCAAGCAGUACAGUUUCCAGUUCAUGUUCCGUCUCCAGUACUGAUUCUUUUGUACGUAUAUCUGUAAUCUAUGACGCUCUUUGAGCUACUUUCUCCUGUUUCAGGGUCCAGAAAAUUCCCAUUGAUUUGCAUUAUCUCCGCCUUGGAUCUGAAUAAUCACGGGCUAACAUGAUAUGGGUACGUCCAUUGUCUUGGGUGUGGGCUAAAAGGUGCAUUCC